GUUUAUUGUUAUAGUGAGUAUAAAAAAUGUAAUUUCAGAGAACAAAUAAAUUAUCCGUUCACACAGGACGUGACCAAUAGCGGAGCGAACACAGCUGUCAGAGGAACUACCGACAUUUACUUAUUUAAAUUAUGAUUACAUUAGUUUGAGUUGUAGUUGACUUCACGUUUAGCGUUUUGCGAGUAUUAGUGUUAAAAUAUUUCCAUUUCCACAUAUACAAGAAACACAUUUCUUUACACCAACAGUUCUCUCUGUUUGUCCCGCCUUUAAUGUUUAGUUAUUCACAACUAACGGCGUGUUAUUUCGUAGUUGCGGUAACAGUAAGAUGUUGUUAAUUAUCUCAUUGUUGUUUAUGUCGAGUGUCGUGGUCAGUAAAGAUGAGUGUUACUGGAAUAGACAGUGCAAGUAUCAGUUAUUUUCAACGACUACACCUUAUGAUAUCGUACGAGGGGAUAUUCGUGACCAGCCCAACCCUGACGGUUGUAAGGUCGUGAGUUUGUGGUCAAUACAUCGACACGGGAACCGUCAUCCUGGCAGCAGGGUCGUAAAGGACACCAACGAGUUAUGGGUCAAGUUGAGGGACCAAAUUAUAAGAAGUGAGGCAGAGUCAAGGAACUCACUUUGCUCACAGGACUUGGAAGAUAUAUUAAAUUGGAAAUGGGAUUCUUCGCUAGAAACUACACCAUCUUACCUCACACAAGUGGGUAACGACGAAAUAUACUCGAUCGGCAAAAGGGUAGCGAAAAAAUACAGUGAACUGAUGCACGAAAGGAUUGACCGAUAUUAUUUCAGAGGAACCAACGAACAACGUACGAAAGCAAGUGUUCUCGCGUACGUCAAUGGCCUAACUCAUGGUUCAGACAUGAACCUCACUUCACGGAUAGAGGAAUCUAGAGAACGAGAUGACACGAUUCGACCUUACGAAAACUGUGAUCGCUACCAGGAGUCAGUUAAGAACGGUUCGCUGUUGCCUGAUCAGUUGGCUGAGUAUGAUCAAAGCCCCGAGUAUUUAGCGGUUAGAGACCGAGUUUUCAAGCGACUAGGUAUAACAAACGACACGGAAGAAAUAAACGUAUUCAAUCUUUAUGAGCUAUGUCGGUUCUAUCGGACCUGGAGUCCUAAUCUUCAGUGUCCAUGGUGCUCGCUCUUCUCCGACGAAGACCUGGUUGUGUUGGAGUACAGAGAUGAUGUACGGCAUUAUUACAAAAACGGAUACGGGUUUGAUAUUAAUGCAGAUUUAGGUACACUCCCACUGAGGGAUUUAUUUGAGAAUUUUGAGUUAGUGACGAGAGGGGAGGGUAAGAACAUAGUUUCGUACUUUACCCACGACACUAUGAUGGAAAUGAUGUUCUGCGCUCUUGGGCUCUAUAAGGACAAGAGCGUCAUAAAAGGAUCCUCAAGAAAUCCAGACAGAUUAUGGCGGACAAGUUAUAUAGCAUCGUUUUCUACAAAUUUUAUCGCCGUCCUUCACAGGUAAGAGAUACAGAAAAUAAAUUAUUUUAAUAGUACC